UUUAAAACCUAAAUUGCAUAGAAGCAAUUGUUCUAGUAUGUAUGUAUACUGUUGUACCUACUGGGUUUUUUAAUACGUUUACCUCUAAUUUUUUUAACAUAUCUGUGAUUUUUUUUAACAUACCUACUGCGGUUUUCAUCAUGUUCAUUUCAUUCAUAUCUAAACGUUAUGUACUAAGUUCACGCAACUGAUAAACGCAAGUAAAAUGAUUAACGGUUUCGGAUGAAAAAGAAAGUUUGAUUGUAGAAAUUAAUUGAGAACUUGACAACGACAAUUUACAUCAGAUUUUUAAAGACGUAGCGAUUAUAGUGUAUCUCCAAAAUAUGAUGAAGGUGUCAUUGCUGUUGAUAUAACAAACAAUGUUUUAGUAGAUUCUGUGACAACAAUGCCACAAACAGCAAUUUCUUCAAACAUAAUAGAGGCAGAGGAAAGCAAUGUUGAAGACGAAGACUCAAGUAAGUUAACAUUGGCUUAUGAGCGAUUAUAUGAAAUACCAAGAACUAUAGUUGAAAAGUUUUCCAACUAUGUCCAGUACUUGGAUAUCAGCCAUAAUAAGAUUACAAAUUUAGAGCCCCUUGUUCACUUUAAACACCUUACAUCACUGAUAGCAGAUGACAACCCUGUUACAGAGAAUUGCUUUUUACCACCUCUACCCAAACUGGAGUUGUUAUGGCUUAAUUAUUGUAAAAUUGCAUCCCUGUACCCCUGGGUGGGGAAAUUGAAGGAGUCAUGUCCAAAUUUACAAUAUCUAUCACUAAUGGGGAAUCCCGCUGCGCCUAGUUACUUCAAUGGUGGUACUUUUUAUGAGUACUUGCAGUAUAGGCUUUUUAUAAUAUCCCAAUUUCCUUCCCUCAACCAUCUUGAUGACCGCAAAAUUACAGAAGACCAAAAAGAGGAAUCACACAGACUAUACAAAAGACCACUACUUCAGAGAAUAGGCCGUCCCAACGCUGGUAUUUCUAACUUUAUGAAUAGCUCUGUGUCCUGGAGUAAUGUACAGAGUAAGUUAACUUUUUUGUGGGGAAAUAGACAAGGUAGAAACCUCCUAAUAUGAUUUUUAACUAUAGGCAAUAAUAGUAAUUCUUAUCCACCUAUCAAAUUACUAAAAACCUAUAAACUACAUAUUAAAGUUAUUCAAUUUAAAAAACAAAUGUAUGUAUUUAUUGUAUUUAAAGUUACUCCCUAAGGCCUCAGUUCUCACUUUAGAAUGUAUGAUUUCUCAUAAAGAGUAACAUGUAAGCCAUGACAUUCUCAUAGUCAGAGUAAUUUAGUAAAAGUUAGUACUCAUUGGGCGUUUUGAAGCGCGUGCUUUGGUAACGCGCGUUAGAAGGAAUACGAGGUCUGAUUGAAGUGCACACAUGCAAACGCGAGCUUCGAGUCAAGCGCGCGUUAGUCGCGCGUUCCGCAGUCGUUAGUCGCGCGUUGGGGAGGCGUUAGCAGCGCGCUUCAAGAUUCAUGUUCUCAUGUUUUGUUGUACAUUCGGACGCGCGGUUUUGUAAAUAGUAGGUUCACGAAAAUAGAGAACAAUAAUUUUGAAACGGAUUUCUUUGUCGAUGAAAUCUAAAAGUGACCGACUAUGGGGAUAUUGAAAGUCACGAUUAUAAAAGUAAAGUUUAAGGAAAACGUAAUUGAGAAGAGAUUUUUGCUGAAUGAUGUUUAUUCGAACAUUUCCGAACUGAUCCAGAUGUAUACAGUAUAGUCGCCUUUCUAAUGCUCUUCGAGCGUCUGCAAUACGAAUACAAAACGCGUGUCUGUACGCAGACGCAACGCCGGGCGCCCAAUGUGUACGCGCUCUUUGAACUAUGGCAUGUCAAUACGUUUUUGACGUGAGCUUAUCUCCCUGCAUGUUUCCCGAAUUUAAUAUAAAGAUAAAAUCAGAUAUAAAGACAUCGAAGGAACUACUCAUAUUUGUUCGUAAAAACCGAUGACGUUAUUAAGAGCCUAAUACAAUAGAAUUCUGCCGGGUCUUUUGAUUUUGGUCAAUAUUAUACCGGUAUGUUUAUUUAUUUAUUU